CUGGGAGCGGUAGCUCCCAGCGGGAUCCCCCAGCGGGGGAUCUAGCAUUUUCCUAAGCAUUAACCCCCAAAAAAUAGGCGCAGGAGAUGAACGGACCGGGCUCUUUAACGUUGUUACGGCCGCCCAGCCAUUAACCACAAUCUCCUCGUCCGUCUUUCCUACAUCGCCGCGUACGAAGCGACCAAGAUCAGCGAGAGAGAGAGAGAGAGAGAGAUGGGAGAAGAAACCCUAGGACAUCGAGGCUUGCUUGCAGCUCCUCUGAUCUUCACGAUUGUUAUCGGCUUCCAGUUCCUCUCCAGAUGGCUUGAGCACUUUAAAAAAAAUAGAGGAUCCAAGAGUGCUGUCUCAAUCCAGUUGCGUGGAGAGAUAAAGCAACUCUUGAAAGAGGCGAGCUCCUUGUCACAGCCAUCCACAUUUGCACAAGCUGCAAAACUAAGGAGGUUAGCAGCUGCCAAGGAGAAGGAACUUGCAAAUUAUCAAGAAUCAAAGAGCAAGGAAAUGAAAGUGUCUUAUGAUUUGUAUCUGAAAGUUCUGUUUCUUUCUAAGGUUUUUACCUAUUUUGUGCUCGUUUGCUGGUUUUGGAGGGUUCCUGUUGCAACUAUAUCUGAGCAACUUGUGCAACCCUUCGGGAGGGUGUUGUCUUGGAGGGCUGGAGGUACCGUAAACAACAAUGUUAUGAGCAAGCUUUUAGACACUGUAAUGGCGACAUCACAACAGGAGCAAACGAACGUGAGGGGUGAUCCAGAAGGAGCAAGUUUGAAGAGAUAAAAAAACAUACUAUCAAGAAGCCCAGCAAACAACGGCAAAUAAAAUGGGGGACGGAGUUGGUCGAUAGCGGAGAUGGGCGACGGCGGCAGAGAAGAGGUGAUCCAGCACACAGGGAGUCGAACGUGAGGUGUGGGGGUACGAAUGUUGCUAUGGAGAACAAUAAUUUAGUGUGAUGCAUUUCAUUUUGCUUAGUGUGAAAAAUGUAACGUGUCAAAAUCUGAUUGGCGGCUGUUAAUCCCUCUUCACCAGCCCGACCGUCCCAAAUCGUUACUCUAAACAAUAUUGCCAUCAAGCAAAGCAUAAAGCCUGUCUCCGUCACUCUCUCUCCUCAAGUGUUCUAACAUUCAACAAAAAGCUUAAUAUUGAUCUCUUCUGUGCUCUUUAGCAGUAUAUCUUUCUCCUAAAUCAUUUUUUCUCAGUUGGCAAUGGUUCAGUAAAAAAAGUCGUAAAUCGGCCUGAUCUUAA